AUGGCCGAAAUGUUUCUGCGACUGCUAACCCCACCGGUUGGCUCCCUGUAUCUUCAAGCGUGGCUGGAUUCCGGUCUUCUGGAACCCGUGCCAGAGCUUGAAUUUGCUGCUGUUGAAGCGGGUGAUCCAACACAGUUUCCAAGCGAGCUUUCUUCUCAAUCCAACGAAUCCAGUCCAGAGAACUCUUCAGUCCCUUCUCUCACCCUCGGUGACUUUGAUGGUCUCGAUCGUCUGAGUAACACGCCGGCUGGCGCGAGCGAAUCCUCCCACCAGCAGCCGCAAACCCCACAGGCGAUCGAACAAGGCGUAGUGGCUCAAAUCUCAACGACACCGGCCGACACUACCGCCUCACCCCAACUCCAUACGCCUGCCAAGGAUACUCUCCCUCCACAGUCGCCGUCCUGUCUCCUCUUCCCGGCGCCGCGUCCAUUCCAUUGCAAGAAAUGCAGAGCUCGAUUCGUGACGCGCCAUCAGCUCAACAAUCACGACCGGAACGAACACAAGCGCUUCCCCUGCACCUUCCAAGCUUGCGCAAUGGAGUAUCGGCACUACAAGUCUUUGUGGCAGCACCAACGAGAGGUCCAUAAGCAAUUCAAGCUUGAGUGUGACAAAUGCGACUACACAACCGGCAGGGAAUGGAAUCUGAAGAGACACAAGGCCAACAAGCACGGACAGAAAGAAGAUUCACAGGUUGAUCCUAAAGAUUGA